AUGUACGGUGUGAAAUACGGCGGCACUAUUGUUCAAGCGGGUGUAGGGUGUUGUCUUAGGUUUACAAAGGGAAGCAUCGAGUGGAUGAUGGCGGUUGUUAAUGAUUUGGUGUCUGGUCUCACCUCUUCCUUGGCAAUUUCAGAAUCUGAAUCAGUGGAGGUUGUCGGGUUAGAGGAUCUAGGAAACUUGAAGGCUGAACGGUUUUUGCACCUUGGGAAGUUGCUCACUUCAAAGGUGUUUCAUAAGGAGGCUUUAUUUGGCACGUUGAAGAGGAUAUGGCAUACAAGGGAGGAGUUCACUGCGGUGUCUCUGGACGACCCCAAGAGGUUCCUGUUCUCUUUCAAAUCAGAUUUCGAUAGGAAGAAGGUGAUGAAGGGCUCCCCUUGGACUUUUGAUAGAGCGUUGUUGCUACUAACAAGCACUGAUGGUGAAGUGGACCUUAUGUCCAUUUCAGUGGAUUCGCAAAGUUUGUGGGUGUGA